UCUAGCUUGGGCCUGGUAGGAACUUCAGGACUCAGAUGCUUGCAUCCCUGGGAGAGGAAAGGGAUGGGGGAUCCUGACUCCUAGGUCCCAGGGAGGAGGUUGAUGGGGGCCAAGAAAACUGGGUCUGAAAGGGGAGGGGGCUGGGAGUCUGGACUUUUGACUACUCUCUAGUGUCUUUGUAUGUUGCGGAUGUGGAAGUGAUAAGAACACAAAAAGAUCUCUUCUGUUCGGCCUCAAGUAUAUUUUUGAAGAUUGAGGUGAGGAUGGGUUUUUGAUUGGCUUCUAAGACAACGCAGUUUCCUGUGGGGAGACAACCUCGGUAUCUCAGCGGACUCCUGGAUCCUUAAAGAUUUGGAGUUGGAUAUUCAAACUCAGGGAAUCAGAGGGGCCUGUGGUCCGGACUCUAGGGCUUCAGAAGGGAGCCUGGAUUUUGGACUCCUUGGAAGAUAGAACAUAGGACUGGAUUUAGGUUUCCAGAGAGAGUGGGGCUUCUUAGAGGAACCGAAGAGGGUUCCAGCUCAGCGUCCCUCCAUUGCAUUCUGUUGAAUGCAGUAAUAGUUUCAAAACCCGGAGAAGACGAGAAAGGACACGGAGAAACUCUCAGAGAUAAAUCCCAAACUCAGGAGUGGAUGAACCAGAAUGUUCGGACCCGGGCUCUUCUUGAGCACUGGAAGCCUAAGAACGGAACCGAGGGGCCUGGCGGCGAGAUCUGGGGCGAAGAGGAGUGGCCCAGGUGUGGGGGCACGGCGCUAAAGCAGGGGGCGUGGCCAUCUGCGAUUGGAGGCCGGACGCGAGUGCGAAGAUCCGAGAAUACAGGCCACACUUGGUCUUCGGGGCCGAGGGCAACCGACGGGGGCGUGGCCUGACGACGGAGGUCCUCCCGGCCCGCCCCGCAAUGUGGCAACCUCUGGUCCUGCUGCUGCUGUUCCCCUCUGCCCUGGUGCCCCCCUCCACUGCAGCCCCCAUCCGCGAUGCUGACGCCCAGGAGAGCUCCUCGGGUUUUCUAGGCCUCCAGAGCCUAAUCCAAGGCUUCACCCGGCUUUUCCUUAAAGAUGACUUGCUGCGGGGCAUGGACAGCUUCUUCUCAGCCCCCAUGGACUUCCGAGGCCUCCCCAGAAACUAUCACCAAGAAGAGAACCAGGAGCACCGGCUGGGGAACAACACUCUCUCUAGCCACCUACAGAUCGACAAGGUGACAGACAACAAAACAGGAGAGGUGCUGAUCUCCAAGCAGGUGGUGGCAUCCAUUGAGCCGGGAGAGGGGAGUUUGGAGGGUGACUGGAAGGUACCCAAGAUAGAGGAGAAGGAAGCCCUGAUGCCUCUCCCGAAAGCCAUCGACAGCUUCCACCCAGAACCCCAUCCCCGAGUGGCCUUCUGGAUAAUGAAGCUGCCACGGCGGAGGUCCCACCAGGACAUUCAGGAGGGUGGCCGCUGGCUCAGCGAGAAGCGACACCGCCUGCAGGCCAUCCGGGAUGGGCUCCGGGAGGGGAGUCACGAGGACAGCCUUGAAGAGGGGACCCAGGGGUCCUCCCACUCCAAGCUGCCAGCCCGCAAGACCCACUUCCUGUACAUCCUCAGGCCCUCUCAGCAGCUAUAGGGUGGGGGCUAGGGAACACCUGCAUGUACCCCCCCAGCCAGACCCCACCCCAAGCACCAUAUGGAAAUAAAGUUCUUACAUCUAGCA